AUGGUCUGCUAUUACAGGGACUUGUGUAUAAUUAGAGACAUCAGAAUUGUACAAAAGGGUCGAGGCGCUGGAAGAAUGACACGGAAAGGUUUACAGAAGCAUAGGGGGAAACUUAUUGCUUCGAGCAUCAUUUUGACGACUUUGGUGACAACCGGGGUUUGCACUAUUUUAUUCAUAAAGAGAUGGCUUUACAAACAGCAGUUGAAGAUUACCGAGCAGCACUUUGUCAAGGAGCAGAUUAAGAGACGUUUCCAUCAGACGCAGCAGGAUUCUUUGUACACUAUGUAUGAGCUGGUACCGGUUUUAACGCUGGUUUUGAACAAGGAUUUAGAUUUGGACCAGAUUGUGGAGACGCUAAAGGGUAAGAAAUUGACAAAGAAGUUGGCUCAAGGGGUUCCUAAGGAUAGCAGUGAACUGGAUGAGAUGGGUUCGGUUGUGGACCAGCCUUCUGACUCGAGCAAUUCAGGGGUUUCCAAAAGUAAAGCUGAAUUGUGGGAGGAGUUAAAGGUGCAAAGUUUAGUUAAGUUGUUGACAGUGGUCUAUGCUACAUGUAUGCUACUACUGUUAACUCGGUUGCAAUUGAACAUAUUAGCUCGUCGGGAAUAUCUAGACACUGCCAUCAAGAUUGCUGUUGACAAGGAGGGUCAAAAGGGCAGCAGUAUUAUAAUGACAUGGUUGAACAGCUUUUGGAACUAUGGAAGCAAUGCUUUGAGUGUUUCUACUCCUCCAAAUAUAGAAAAUUCAUCAGAAGAGGAAGACAAGGCGUCAUCUGGCAGAAAUGGUAACAAGUCCAAGGACAAGGCUCGUUAUGCGAACGAGCAAGCAUUUUUGUCGUUAUCUUGGUGGUUAUUAAACCGGGGCUGGCUUCGAUUCAAACCGCUUGUACAGCAACAGGUCAGCGCCCAUUUUGGUGACCUUUCUCCACGGGAUAUGUUGACAUUUGAGGAAUUUGGUGGCAAGCUUUCAAAAACCAUCUACAAUAUUAACAAGGAAUUAUUUGACAACCACUCGCACAAUCUUUUAGUAAAAUGUUUUCUCCCAGAGCCACACUUGGAGCAAUUCGUAUUACAACAGACAUUGGACUCCGACACUUUGAGAAUCAUCAAUGAAGACAACACUAUGCUAAGGCAAUUAGUCCAAGAAACGUUCAAGUGUUCAGAAUCAAGUGCCUCCUUAAUAGUUUUAGAGAGCCUAGUGAAUGAAUCCUUCCAAUUCGUCAUGCAGCAGGUGGAAGCUAAAGUUACCAAGAAAUCUAAAAAGUCUUCCCAGACACCCUCCAACGGAGCAGCAGAAGCAGCAGGCGAAGCAAUGGCAGCGGCAGCACCCAAAUUCCAGGUCGCCCUAUUCUCAAUUGGUUUAAAAGAAUGCUGCCAAGACAUGCUAAAGAACGGCCUGAUCUCAAUGAACAACGAGUUCUUACAAAGCCUAGACUCUGUGCCCGAACUCGACGAUUUGAGCGCCAGCGUCUACAGCAACUUUGGAUUUUAG